AUGUCCCAGGAAAGCGCAGUCCCAGCGAGCGCGGUCCCGCUGGAAGAAUUGAGUAGCUGGCCAGAGGAGCUAUGUCGUCGGGAGCUGCCGUCCGUCCUGCCCCGGCUCCUCUCUUUGUAUCAAUGUUCUGACAGUUGGAGUGAGCAUAUUCAAAUUUUGAAGAUUAUUAUAGAAAUGUUUUUACCUCAUAUGAACUACCUGACACUGGAACAGACAUUCUUUUCACAAGCAUUACCAAAGACUGUGAAAUUAUUUGAUGACAUGAUGUGUGAAUUAACCAGUCAAGCCAGAGAACUUUCAAGCCAAAAUUUAGAAAUCCAGACUACUCUAAGGAAUAUUUUGCAAACAAUGGUGCAGCUCGUAGGAGCUCUUACAGGAUGUGUUCAGCAUGUCUGUGCUACACAGGAAUCCAUUAUUCUUGAAAAUAUCCAUAGUCUUCCCUCCUCAGUUCUUCAUAUAAUCAAAAGUACAUUAGUACAUUGUAAGAAUAGCGAAUCAGUGUAUUCUGGGCGUUUACACCUAGUUUCAGAUCUUCUCCAGGCUCUUUUCAAGGAGGCCUAUUCUCUUCAAAAGCAACUAAUGGAACUAUUGGACAUGGUUUGCAUGGACCCUUUAGUAGAUGACAGUGAUGAUAUUUUGAAUAUGGUGAUGAUUAUUCAUUCAUUGUUGGAUAUCUGCUCUGUUAUUUCCAGUAUGGACCAUGCAUUUCAUGCCAAUACUUGGAAGUUUAUAAUUAAGCAGAGCCUUAAGCACCAGUCUGUUUUAAGGAGCCACUUGAAACACAAAGAUAUAAUUACUAGCUUGUGUGAGGACAUUCUUUUCUCCUUCCUUUCUUGUCUACAGUUAUGUGAGCAGAUGACCCAGUCAGAUGCACAGGAUAAUGCUGACUAUAGAUUAUUUCAGAAAACACUCAAAUUGUGUCGUUUCUUUGCCAACUCACUUUUGCACUAUACUAAGGAAUUUCUUCCUUUCCUCUCUGAAUCUUGUGGUACCUUGCACCAACUCUAUCUUCAGAUACACAGUAAGUUUCCACCAAGCCUAUAUGCUACCAGGAUUUCUAAAGCACAACAGGAGGAAAUAGCGGGUACUUUCUUAGUGACAUUGGAUCCACUCAUAAGUCAACUGCUCACAUUCCACCCUUUCGUGCAGGUGGUUUUAGACAGUAAAUUAGACUUGCCAUGUGAACUGCAGUUCCCACAGUGUCUCCUCCUGGUUGUUGUCAUGGACAAGCUGCCCGCUCAGCCCAAGGAUGUGCAAACCCUGUGGUGCACAGAAAGCCAGGUCUCAGAAACUACAACCAGGGUAUCUCUAUUCAAAGCCAUUUUCAGCAGUUUUGAGCAGUGUUCUGGUGAACUUUCUCUGCCUGUUCAUUUACAGGGAGUAAAGAGUAAAGGGCAAGCCCAAGUGGCUGUCAGCUUGUAUCAGCAUGUUUGUGUUCACCUGUGUUCAUUUAUUGUUUCCUUUCAUCCUUCACUGUUUGCUGAACUGGAUGCUGUUCUCCUGAAUGCCGUACUUAGUGCUGAUAUGAUCACCUCUUUGUUAGCUAUGGAUGCAUGGUGCUUUCUAGCUCGAUAUGGGACUGCAGAACUCUGUGCACACCAUGUCACCAUAGUGGCUCAUCUGAUAAAAUCAUGCCCUGGAGAAUGUUAUCAGUCCGUCAACCUAUCAAUAUUGUUGAAGCGGCUCUUUUUCUUUAUGGCCCCACCCCAUCAGGUAGAGUUUAUACAGAAAUUUUCCCCAAAAGAAGCAGAAAAUCUGCCGCUAUGGCAGUGUAUUUCCUUCCAGGCGUUAUCCGUUGAGCUCAGGAAACAAACCGUACAUGAGGUCAUCAGAGCAGGCAUUGCAGAGUGUAAGAAAUGGCUGAGCAGCAGUCGGACUUUGGGAGAACUUGAAUCUCUGAACACAGUACUCUCUGUUUUGCUUGCAGUAUGUAAUUCUGCUAGUGAAGCUUUGGAUGUUGGACAACAAAUUGCAAUUAUGGAAGUUGGGAAACAACUUUGGGCUUUUUUAAACAUUAAACAGGUAACGGAUCAACCUUAUGUUCAACAGACACUCAGCCUCUUACUUCCACUGUUGGGAUUUUUCAUUCAAACUCUAGAUCCUCAACUGAUAAGUCAGGUCAUGACUUUGCAGACAUCACUACUUAGAUUAGAGCCUCCUGACCAUGUUUGUUUGGCAAUGCUGGAUUUUGUAUCUUCUCUAAGAAAACUUUUUAUACCUCAAGCUAUCCAGGACAACAUUCUGCCCAACCUGUCAUGUAUUUUUGCUUUACUGUUAGCUGAUAAGAAUUGGCUGCUAGAACAACAUACCUUGGAGGCGUUUACUGAGUUUGCUGAGGGAACAAAUCAUGAAGAAAUAGUUCCCCAGUGUCUCAGUUCUGAAGAAAUGAAGCACAAAGUUGUAUCUUUUCUGGAGAAGACUGGGUUUGUGGAUGAAACUGAAGCUGACAAAAUAGAACGUAUAAAAUGGGAAAAAGGUAUUUUUUGGAAACACUUUACUAAAGUGACUACAGAAGUAGCAGAAAGGUCACCUUUACAGCCUUUUGCAAAAAGAGCUCGUCAUGAGUUCCCCUUGGAAGAAGAGUACAGGUCAGCAUUGCAAGGAGUAGCAGGGGGCUUGGAAGCAACUGAGUCAUUACUCCAGAAAGCUCCUGCUCCUGCCUGGCUUCUAAUGGAAAUGGAGGUGCUCCAAGAAAAGAUAGAUAAGCUGAAACGUCUGCUCUAGGGUAUCAUCACUAGGUAGACCUGCAGU